CGCACAUCCUCGGAUAAGUUCGGGCUUCGGAAUUUUGGAUGCUCGACAAAAUACGCGCCUUGAACGAAUAGCCGUGCUUCGUGUAUAUCCUCGCAUUAAGUUGGCGCGUUUUUAUUGCUCCGGCAAAAAGAAAAGUGUCUCAUCAUUCCGGCUGUUCCACACUGUUUGGGGCAAGUGAAAUCACCAACUUUGACUAAUGAAUAAAAGUAGACAGUGCAAAAAGAAUUUGUGUGAGCGGCAAAGACAACAAUCAAAGGAAAAGUUCUAAAGAAGGAGGCCUCUAAUUCGUUGGUUGCCAAGAUGCUGGCCUCAUUCAGUUGGCUCUGGCUUUUGGCCUACACCAGCCUCGCCCAGGCUCGCAUUGGAUACUUCUGGCACAUUAGCGACCUGCACCUGGACACAUUGUACUCCACCCAAGGAGACAUUUACAGGAGCUGCUGGCAGUUGGCUCGAUCGGUUUCUGGAUCCGGGGCCAACAAUGCGGCGACAGAGGCACCUGGUCCCUUUGGCCACUACAACUGCGACAGUCCGUGGAGCCUGAUCGAAUCGGCAGUGAAGACCAUGAAGGCCAAGCAGGGCGACAAUGUGGAGUUCGUCCUGUGGACCGGAGAUGCCCUCUCCCAUUCCGCCCAACCGCUUUCCGAGCAGAAGCAGCACGAGAUCCUGCGGAAUAUCACAGAUCUGCUGGGACGCAGCUUCUCCUCGCAGUUUAUCUUCCCGGUUUUGGGUCACGAGGACGGCAGUGGCAGCUAUCGAAGAUUGGGCGAACUGUGGCGCCACUGGCUGCCCUCGGAGGCCCUGGUGACCUUCGACCAGGGCGGGUACUACUCCAUCGAACAGACCAAGAGUCGCCUCCGAAUAGUGGCACUUAAUACGAAUUUUAUGCGACUCGAAUCCGAUCCGGAUUCCAGGAUAUCGCACAGUUUGCGGUGGUCAUCUGAAUACUAUGCGGAACCCAAGGCAUCCGUUAGCUCCGUUUCUGCCGAGGAUGAACUGCUGGCGGAGCAACAGUGGCUCUGGCUGGAGGAGGUGCUCACCAAGUCCAAGGAAAAACAGGAAACGGUCUACAUAGUGGGUCACAUGCCGCCUGGCGUUGAUGAACGUCAUCUGGGGCCUCGGCACAACCAGGUAACCUUCACGGAACGCAACAACCGGCGCUACCUGGAGAUGGUCCGAAAGUUUGCCCCGGUCAUCCAGGGCCAGUUCUUUGGCCACCUCCACUCGGACACCUUCCGCCUGAUCUACGAUGCCAAAGGCAAUCCCAUUUCGUGGCUGAUGAUUGCCCCAUCGAUUGUGCCCCGCAAGGCGGGAAUCGGCUCAUCGAAUAAUCCCGCCCUGCGGCUCUACAAGUUCGACACUGGAAGCGGCCAGGUGCUGGACUACACCCAGUUCUGGCUGAACCUGUCGCUGGCCAACCGGGCCAACGAGCCCACCUGGCAUCUGGAGUACAACCUGACCAACCACUACGGCCUGUCGGAGAUCUCCGCCGGAGCCCUGCACAAUUUCGCGGAACGCUUCACGGGCACAGACCUUUCCUCGUUCGCCAGAUACCUCCGAGCCAACUCAGUGCGAUAUCAGUCCGGGCCGGUCUGCUCGGGCCGCUGCAUGCUCAAUCAUUACUGCGCCAUCACGCGCCUGGACUACGAUGAGUUCCGGGCCUGUCUGGAGAAGGAGCAGCUGGCGCUGCAGGGGCACGCCCCCACAUCCCGAGCGCCCACAUCCUGGAGCUGGCUGCUCGCCGUGCUCGGCACUUUUUAUGGCCUCCACACGGGGUGGUGGUGGGCCGGGCGAUGCAACAAUUGCCACAUCCAGCGAAUUUAAGCGUUCUCGCUUAAGCGGAACCAUAUCAAAGUGGGGAUGAGCCCCAGGAUGCGCAGGCACUCAGAAAAAAAGAAAUCGUCCUUAAUUACAGAAAAUAAAAAUCGUUCAUGCCCCAAAAGCGGCGUUUUAAAAAGGCUGUCCUUUAACUUUUUAAAUAUAUUUUAUUUUCAAAGUUUUUUUCAAAUAUUUUAUAGAACUAAAAGAAAAUGUAGAAUAAUAUAAGUUUACUGACCCAACUAAGCUCAAAAAAAUGUUAAGCCUUAUCAUAAAAUAAUGUGAGUUAUUUCUGAAACUUAAGGAACUU